GGAUAACACCAUUCUCUGAAAACUCUUUUUCUACUCACUUGUUAUUCUUGUUCCUAUGGAGACUAAUGUUCUAUGUUACUGUACUCAUUGUCGCUAUACUGACCUAAAAAUUAGAAACGGUUUUAGUCCAAGGAAUUGUGUAGAAUCGCGAUGCCUUCCAAAGUGCGCCCUGUCACCACCAUCACCAUCAAUCCAAAAGAGUUACGCGAAAUACAGAAACUACACGAACUAGGCCAGAAAUACUGGCCUAAAGUGGACGUGUUGCGCUACCAAGAGGAAGAAAAACGAACUGAUGUUCAGCUGUGGCGCUACUAUUUCCGCCAUCCCUGGUCUCGCAUCAUAACCUCAUAUCUCGUGGUUUUCUUGAACUUCUUUAUUUUUGCCGAGGAUCCUGUUUCUCACAGCUACGAGGAAUGCACCAUUGACUACAUCGGCGACGUGUACACGUUCUUAUUUAUCAGGUGGCCCAGUGGCUCGUUUGUGCUCGUCAAACUUGGCACGUGGUUAUUCGCCAUCUCCUUGGGUUUGCUUAUUGGCAAGUUCCUCCUUCAUAAAUGGCUGUUCUGUCAAAAACUCAAGCUGAAGAUUUUCACGGAGGAUGGGCAGGGUUCAUGGAUGGUCAUGUUCCUCUCGUGUUUCUUCUUCCUGUUUGUCUUCAGCUAUGCGUACAAUGGCUUCCUGAUGCUCGAGGGCAAGUACAUGGACACGCUUCACGCCAGUAGUCGUAUGGGCAUGCAGAACCAGACAUUCAUGAAGUUCGCUGCCAUGGGAACGUGGCUAGGUGAUUUCUUCACCGCUUGGAUGGUAACGGAUAUGAUGUUACAGGGCCUGAAGUACGACAACUGGGCUAAGGGUGUGCGAGUGUUUUGGAAUAAAGGCCUUAACCGCGUAUACGUCUUCUGGUUCGUGGCCUUGGCGAUGACGAUCGUGGUAUCUACAGCAAUCAGUACUGAUUACCUGGACUGGGAUCGCAUAAGCAGGAACUUCAUGCCCACCAACGAGCUGUCCAGGGCAUUCCUGGCAUCCUUUAUCCUGGUCAUGGACCUUACGAUCGUCAUGCAGGACUGGGAGUUUCCCCAUUUUGCCGGAGCUCUGGACAUCAAACUCCCAGGUGCCAAUACAGACUCAAUAGAUUUCAGUCUCCCAGGAUGUUUUGGUGGCGAACGACUCGAUGUCUACAUCACGGGCAAGUGGUUCAACUACGGCAUCAUCUUCAUCGUCAUGAUCUUAGACCUCAACAUGUGGAAAAACCAGAUUUUCUACGAGCCCUUGACGUACGGCCAGUAUACUGACCCUCUGGGUUACAUUUAUACCAUUGCAGAUAAACAAUAUCUCAGAUGGGCGAAUGACAGCAUGAAGACCUAUGAAUGGCGCUGGAACCAUGUCAACCCAAAAACCAAUCGAACCUACGGGUCAGAUGAUCACAAGAUGAAUACGCGUUACCAUGGAUACACACUCGGUCUGAAGAGCAUGGCGUUUGUGCCCAGCCUUCUCGCAUUUUGCUUGUUCGGCUACCUUGUCUGGCUGUUUGGCCGCGAGGAGAGUGGUGACGAGGCGCUUAUAAGAAGAUAUCGAUGUGACAAGCGGCGAGAGCGACAGCUUAAGCACGUGCGCAGACGUAGACGUCGUGAAGAGCGACUCAAAAGAAAAAAAGUCGAGGGCGACAGGAACACAAGUAGUUUUAAUCUUCCCAAUACUCAGAACCAAUCAAGCAUAGACGAUAGUCCAGUGCCAUUCGACACAUUUGCACUCGACGACGAAGAACCACAGGAAGCCCAACAAGAAAAAGCAAGCGAAGCAGCCGAAACUUCGAAACCAAAGCGAGGCUUUAAGUACUGGCUACGUCACCCUUAUUUAAGGCUGAUGACGUCAUACCUUGUCGUUUUCUGUAAUUUCCUGAUUUUCGCUGAGGAUCCCGUAUCGCAUAGUUAUACUGAUUGUGUGAUUGAUAUUAUUGGGAACAUCUACGCCUUCAUCUUGGCUCGGUACCCUCCGCACGGUGGCUACGUUGCGCUAAAGAUCUUCAUGUUCGUGCUGGCCUUCAUCACCGGUAUGGUCAUCGGCAAGUACUUUGUCCAUAAGUUCCUUCUCUGUCGUGUCUUCCGCCUCAAGAUGUUCUCAGAGGAAGGGCAGGGCUCGUGGAUGAUAAUGUUCCUAAUGGUUCUUGUGUUCACCUUUGUAUGGAGCUUUUGCUUUAACGAGUUCCUACUCCUCGGGCGCCCGGACUACCUGCGGUACAAAGUCAGCAGCAACAUGGGGAUAGAAAACCAGACAUUCAUGAAGUUUGCAGCCAUGGGCACGUGGUUUGGUGACUUUAUAACCGCCUGGAUGGUGACCGACAUGAUGUUACAGGAAGACCAGUAUGAGUGGUGGAGUCGAGGUCUAAGGAGAUGGUGGCGCAGGGGUCUUAAUCGCGUGUACGCUUUUUGGGGCGUUGCCUUCACCAUGACAGUCAUCGUGUGCACCGCAAUCACAACCGAUUACCUGGACUGGGACAGGAUUAGCGAUGACUUCAUGCCCACCAACGAGCUGUCCAGGGCAUUCCUGGCAUCCUUUAUCCUGGUCAUGGACCUUAUGAUUGUCAUGCAGGACUGGGAAUUUCCCCUGUUCGCCGGGGGGAUGGAUAUCAAACUCCCGGGUAUAAACACCGGAGAUAUCAACUUCAAAAUGCCCGGGGGUGACGUGCAUAUAACGGGCAAGUGGUUCAACUACGGCAUAAUCUUCAUCGUCAUGAUCUUAGACCUCAACAUGUGGAAAAACCAGAUUUUCUACGAGCCGUUCAUUUAUGGUCAGUACACGGACCCUGACGGGUACAUCUAUACCGUGAUGGACAGAGCGUGGCUGAGAAAUGCGACACGAGAAACUCUGUCAUACGCGUGGCGGUGGAAUCACACUAAUCCGCUGACGAAUGUAACUUACGGGCUCGCGGAUCAUCGCAUGAAUUCGCGUUACCAUGGUUACCCUUUAAGCGUGAAGGGAAUAGCGUUUGGUCCAUCGAUUGCAGCCUUUGUUGCGUUUGGAUACCUAGCGAAAAGGUUCUCGAAGGAGGAGCGAGAAGACAAACUGGAAGUUAAAGGCUUUGUAGUUGUUAAGGACGAGGAAAACUGGGAUUUACCGGAAGAGAGUGAUGAAGAGAACUGCGACGGAGAAACUCGGUCAGCGGUUAGUAACAGAAAAGCUCGCAUGCAAAACAUCAGCGAAACCGCUUACCAGGCAAAAGAAGAUUUGCAGGCUCAGUCUAAAGGAUACAGCGAUAUCGAAGAGAUGCCUGAUUUUACAAUGCAACUCGAUGGGAGGGGAUCCAUGGGAGAAAUGGUUCGCAUGAAAAGAAUAACAAACGACUGGAAAAAGAAAGCCCAGAGGGCGAGCUCUAAUGUGAGCAUUGGCAGCUCACAAGGGAGCAUGCGGUCUGACACAGAACGUCACGUGAUCACCCCUUCAAGCAUGGCGAGCUCUUUUGGUGACGUCAGAAGCCGUGAUUUCACAACCGGAUCCAGAAAUAACCAAGGAAGCACUUUUUCCUUCUCUGAUGAUGAUAUCAAUGCGCAUGACAGUGUUAGCGCUAACCGCAUUCGUCGCCAAGCAUCCAUGGAGUCUGGGGACGAGUAUGAUAAUGCACAUGCGCCUCAAGAACUUUCUUUCGAGAGACUCCAGAAAAAUGGAUCGCAGGCGCAAAAAUAUUGGGAUAAACUUAGAGCCAAGAGAAAUCUUUCAAUAGGGAAUUUAUUCCGACAGGAGCCAAAUAGACCGGGUUCGCAGGCUUCAAAUGUGUCGUCUGAUGACGAGAACAGAGCAAAUGAACUGGCCAGCGGUAUCAGCAGCUCAUCUCGGGCAACACAGGGAUCCUACAAAACCUCAGUGACGUCAUCAGGAAAUUUGCUCCAGGUCCCAAAUAGAAAAAAGCGCUGACGGAGUAUGUCGGCGUGUGUGACUAAUUAAAACCAUCGUUAUGAUUGAUGUUGACAGAAACAGUCUCGAGCACGCGAAACACAAGCAAACUAACGCAAACCACGAUAAAUACAGAGUGAUACAUUACUUGUAUAUAAUUUCCUUUAAGGGUUGAAAAGAUCUGAAUAAUCGAUUCAACACCGUACUGCUCGAAUAAUCUCAUUGGCGCUUAUUUCAACAACUUGCAAGAGACCAUAAGACCACAAGCUUUCAAUGAUAUUAGAACCACUCGACAACGAAGUCUAUUGAGUGCAGCACGUUUAGGCGAGGCGCUUAUUCGAUCAAUGACUGUAAAUUUAAGUCUAUUCACAUUAAGCCCGAUGUACCUACUGUGAUGGCGAAGCACUCGAGAAAACAUGCAUUUGGGGGUCCUGUGGAAUCGAUGUGCUCCCCAGCCCUCCCCGCUACUAGUGAAACUGCACUAAAAUACAUCCCAUACUGGUAGAAUUGUCGUACCAGUUUGGGUAAUAAAAAAUUAUUGAUAAGCAAAUGAAUACAUAAAUAUCCUGUAAUCUAAGCGUUUUUUCCCGCUGUCAACGAACUAUCUUUUCGUCAUUAUCUAGUGAUUUUUGUUUCACAUUGUCUUUGAGUUGGUGUUAAGUUAAGCUAUCAUCGAAGGCCACGCUUUGAAAUUCAUGUUUCGUAAUUUGCUAAAGUCUACAGCACCUCUUGGCAUCUUGAAGGUUGUUUUUACUGCUCGGAAGACUACAAUAGAAUAGAACUCAGCUAAGAGUAUUGUGCCGGGAAUAAAACGGUUUAUUUUAUCGACUAAUACCAACUCGAUUUCUACUACAACGGAAAUUGGGUUCUGAACCGCUUGUGAAACAAUCGAAUAAAGAAAGUCAAACACCAAAGCAGUAGUGGCAAAGGGCUUGCUCAAAAGCACUGCAGUUAAAAUGACUUUAUCUAACUUUGGAGGUUGAUAAACAAAUAAAGAAAUUUUAGCAUUUGCAUCUAACUUUGCACCGAUACCCUUCAAAAUUAAUAAAAAAGUUUUUCUUUUCUUC